AUGACAGAAGUCCCCACCAUGCAAGCAUCUAAUAUUUCCUUCACCAGCCUAGGCCUGGUGGUCCUUGACGAGAUCCGAUGUCCUGAUUGGGGACCGUUGACUGAUAUACUCGGGGGAUCUGGCACUUACGCAACACUUGGUGCCCGACUAUUUCUUCCUUCUCCAUCUAGUCCCACCUUAGGAUGGAUGAUCAAUGUGGGAAACGACUUCCCAACCCCAGUGAAAGAACAGUUAGAAAGCUGGGGAGCAACAUUAUACAUCAGAGAAGAAGUGAACAGGCCAUCAACUAGAGGCUUACUGGAGUACAGAGAUACUACAUUCGGGCCCAAGGGCUUCAAAUACACGACACCCAUUCUCGCAGUCCAAGAGGAUAACUUGAAGCACACAUCGCUUCUAGAUUCAAAAGCAUUUCACUAUCUAGCAGGGCCCGAGGACCUCAAAGCACGAGUAUCCAAGCUUCUUGCUCUCAGAGCCGAAGCAGGUAUCGAAGAACGCCCUCUGAUAAUCUGGGAACCGUCUCCACUUUCAUGCGGGCCAGAGAACCUCGAGGCAUGCAUGGAAUCUGCAGCUUCGGUGGAUAUUCUUUCCCCGAAUCAUCUAGAGCUGGCCAGACUUUUCUCAGAGCCGCAACCGGAUGUUAUUGACAAGGACAAGAUCGAGGAUUUGGCAUCAAAGUGUUUGGAUCGUGGAGUUGGUCCAGAUGGUAAUGGAACCUUGAUCGUGCGUGCUGGCGAAAAUGGGUGUUUCAUCAGCAACAGGAAUAAUCCGGCCGCUUGGUUGGAUCCAUUCUAUGCCACUAUGCCAGGAGAGACCCCAAAUGCGAAGACUGUUGAUCCCACUGGAGCGGGAAAUGCAUUUCUAGGGUCGUAUGCUGUGGGCUAUCUGGAGACAGGAAGCGUCAUCAAGGCCGCUUGCUACGGCUCGGUCGGUGCAUCUUUUGCGCUUGAACAGGUUGGAAUGCCACAGCUGAGUGUUCAGGGCAAUGAAGAAUUAUGGAACGGUGUCAAUGUCCUGUCCAGGUUAGAGAAGUAUAUGUCGCGGCAGAAAUGCGGCCGUGAAGGCGAUGAACCUGAGGCUAUUUCAUCGGAACCAUAG